AUGGCUGCCUUCACACCCCUCGUCCUCUGUGGGGUGUGUGCAUUGCUUCUAUCAGUUGCACUCUAUGUUUUGAAGGUUUUUAAGCAAUCAGCUUUAAAUUUGCCUCCUGGUCCGUUUCCUCUGCCCAUCAUUGGCAACUUGCAUUUGCUGAACUUCAGAAGGCAAGACAAGUCACUAAUGAAGAUCUCAGAGAAAUAUGGCCCCGUGUUCACCGUCCAUUUGGGUUUCCAGAGGGUGGUGGUGCUCACUGGCUUUUUUUUGAACACAGCAGACGUGUUUGUGGACAGACCAGCUAUCCCCAUCUUCUAUCAGAUCCAGCAUGGAAACGGUGUGUUCUUUUCUUCUCAAGAGCUCUGGAAGACAACGCGGCGGUUCACCGUGGCCACGAUGAGAGACCUUGGCAUGGGGAAGCAUCUUGGAGAGGAAAUGAUACUUGAAGAGCUUCAUUUUCUCAUUGAGUUGAUCAAAUCCUUCAAAGGUGGGCCUUUCCGAUUACGAUACUUGAACACGGCCCCCACCAACAUCACCUUUGCUAUUCUCUUUGGGAAGAGGUUUGACUAUGAAGACCCAACGUUUGUCACUCUGUUAAGACUCAUAGAUGAAGUUAUGCACCUUCUUGGCUCUCCAUUCUUGCAUUUAUUUAAUUUCUACCCAUUCCUUGGAUUUCUUCUCACACCUCACAAGAUGAUACUGAAAAAAGUAGAAGAGGUGUGUGUGAUCUUAAGGAAGUCCAUCAAGGAAAGCAAAGAACAUAGUAAAGGCAGCACCCUGGCGAGCUACAUUGAUGCACUGGUAUUCAAACAGCAGGAAGAAAAUAAAAGCAAUGCACUCUUUAAUGAUGUGAAUGUAUUGGCCUCUGCACUCGACCUGCUGAUGGCUGGCACUGAGACAACAUCCACGACCCUGCAGUGGGCCAUCCUGCUGAUGAUGAAGUACCCUGAGAUUCAAAAAAAGGUGCACACAGAGAUUGAGCGAGUUCUUGGCCCUGGCUGCUUGCCUACCUUUGAGGACAGGAAAAGAAUGCCAUUCACCAACGCAGUGAUCCAUGAGGUGCAGAGAUUUGUCACCCUCCUGCCACAUGUUCCACGGUGCACCUCUGUUGACACCCACUUUAAAGGCUACUUCAUCCCCAAGGGAACAACAGUGAUUCCUCUGCUGACCUCCGUGCUGCUGGACAAAACACAAUGGGAGACACCAGAUGAGUUCAACCCCAACCAUUUCCUUGAUGCAGAUGGGAACUUCAUAAAGAAGAAAGCAUGCCUGCCCUUCUCCACAGGGCGGAGAAACUGCAUCGGAGAAAGUCUCGCCACCGUGGAGCUCUUCAUCUUCUUCACAGGCCUGAUCCAGAAAUUUACUUUUAAGCCUCCACCUGAGGUCAAAGAAUCUGAGCUGGACACGACUGCAGAGGCUGGAUUCACCAUGAGACCCCACCCACAGUGUGCCUGUGCUGUGCUACGCCAAUGA